CCGCCCCCUCGCGGCGAGAUGCCUAGCUCCCCGGGCUUCUCCCGCCCCCCGGCGGUCUCCUCCCCCUGUUGAAAGCUGCCCGGGAAAGUGGUGGCGGGAGCGGGCCUGGCCGAGCGCGGCGUGGGCCUGGGGUGGCCGACAUGACGGCCCCGGGUCCGAGCCCCCUCGCGCCGCUGUUGGAGACUUUGGAAGACCCUUCUGCCUCUCAUGGAGAGCAGACCGACGCGUACCUGACUCUGACCAGUCGCAUGACUGGAGAAGAUGGAAAAGAAGUCAUUGUAGAAAUCGAGAAAAAACUUCCUCAGCUAUACAAAGUCUUAAAGACUCACAUUUCCAGUCAAAACUCAGAGCUCAGUAGUGCUGCUCUACAGGCCUUGGGGUUUUGCUUAUAUAAUCCCAAAAUUACCUCAGGAUUAUCAGAGAAAAAUAUUCAAGAACUGCUUUCAAAAUUGAAUGAUAUUGUUAAGAGUUCAGACAAAAAUGUACGUACCAGGGCACUUUGGGUGAUAUCCAAGCAGACGUUUCCUACUGAAGUUGUUGGCAAAGUAGUAUCCAGUAUAAUUGAUUCGUUAGAAAUAGUAUUUAAUAGAGGAGAUGUGCAUUCUGCUGUUGUUGAUUAUGAAGCAUUAAAUGUCAUCAUAAGGCUAAUUGAACAAGCCCCAGUUCAAAUGGGAGAAGAGUCAAUUAGGUGGGCAAAACUGGUUAUACCUUUAGUGGUUCAUUCAGCCCAAAAGGUACAUUUGCGGGGAGCAACUGCUCUAGAGAUGGGAAUGCCUUUGUUACUUCAGAAACAACAAGAAAUAGCAUCUAUCACAGAGCAGCUUAUGACUACCAAAUUACUUUCAGAACUCCAAAAGCUAUUUAUGAGUAAAAAUGAGACUUACGUGUUAAAAUUAUGGCCUUUGUUUGUCAAACUUCUUGGGAAGACCUUGCAUCGAAGUGGGAGUUUCAUUAAUUCUCUAUUACAGCUGGAAGAACUAGGAUUUCGUAGUGGAGCACCCAUGAUUAAAAAAAUAGCUUUUAUUGCCUGGAAGAGUUUAAUAGAUAAUUUUGCUUUAAACCCAGAAAUACUAUGUAGUGCAAAAAGACUGAAGUUGCUAAUGCAGCCUUUGAGUUCCAUCCAUGUGAGAACAGAAAGUCUAGCGCUAACAAAACUAGAAGUCUGGUGGUAUUUAUUGAUGAGACUUGGACCUCAUCUUCCUGCUAAUUUUGAACAGGUUUGUGUUCCUCUGAUUCAAAGCACAAUAAGUAUUGAUUCUAAUGCUUCAGCUCAAGGCAGUUCAUCUCGUGUAGCACCUUCUCCAGGUUUAAACCCUAUGACUCCUGUACACAAAGGUGCCUCGGCAUAUGGAGCCCCUGUAACUCCCCGGAUGAACUUGAAUUCCAGUUUUGGUGGAAUGGCCACAAUCCCCUCUAUUCAACUUUUGGGACUUGAAAUGUUGCUUCAUUUUUUGUUGGGUCCAGAAGUCUUGAAUUUUGCUAAGCAAAACAAACUUGUAUUGAGCUUAGAACCACUCGAACAUCCGUUAAUCAGCGGCUCUUCUUUUUUUUCCAAGCAUGCAAAUACACUUAUCACUGCUGUUCAUGAUAGCUUUGUUGCAGUUGGAAAAGAUGCUUCUGAUGCAGUUGUCAAUGCUAUUUGGAAGGAACUAAUUAGCUUGGUGAAGUCAGUUAUUGAAUCAGGUAACAAAAAAGAGAGACCAGGUUCUGAAGUUUUGACUCUCUUUUUAAAAUCUUUGGAAAGCAUAGUGAAGUCAGAAGUAUUUCCUGUAUCGAAAACACUGGUCCUCAUGGAAAUUACAAUUAAAGGACUUCCUCAGAAAGUAUUAGGUUCACCAGCAUAUCAGGUUGCUAAUAUGGAUAUUCUUAAUGGAACUCCUGCUUUGUUCUUAAUUCAAUUAAUUUUCAACAACAAUCUCUUGAAAUGUGUAGAAGAUGAAAGGUUUUUUCUCAAUCUGGAAACACUUGUAGGCUGUGUUCUUUCUGGUCCAACUUCACCACUAGCUUUCAGUGACUCUGUUUUAAAUGUUAUUAAUCAAAAUGCAAAGCAGCUGGAAAACAAGGAGCAUCUUUGGAGAAUGUGGAGUAUUAUAGUCACCCCAUUAACUGAAUUGAUUAAUCAGACCAAUGAAGUAAAUCAAGGUGAUGCCUUAGAACAUAAUUUUAGUGCCAUCUAUGGUGCACUGACUUUACCAAUAAACCAUAUUUUUUCAGUACAGAAAUUUCCAGUGACCACCAUGAAGACCUUACUUAGAACUUGGUCAGAACUGUAUAGAGCAUUUGCCCGCUGUGCUGCUUUGGUGGCAACUGCAGACGAGAAUUUGUGCUGUGAGGAACUUUCUUCCAAGAUAAUGUCCAGUUUGGAGGAUGAAGGCCUUUCAAAUUUGUUCUUCUUGGAUAGAAUCAUUCAUGUUAUUACUGUAAUGGUUGAUUGCAUCGACUUCUCACCAUAUAAUAAUAAAUAUCAGCCCAAAGUUAAAUCACCGCAGAGAACUUCAGAUUGGUCCAAAAAGAAGAAAGAGCCCCUAGGGAAAUUGGCUUCUUUAUUUAAACUUAUUGUCAGAGUGAUCUGUUCUUUCCACACUCUGAGCCUCAAGGAAGUACAUUCUGAUACUCUCCUUGCUGUCGGCAGUUCAAUCACCAGCAUUCUUUCCAAUGUACUUGGACAUAUUUCUUUACCUUCUAUGAUCCGAAAAAUAUUUGCAACUUUAACCAGACCUCUGGCAUUGUUCUACGAAAACUCAAAGCUUGAUGAGCUUCCUAAAGUGUAUAGUUGUAUGAACAACAAGUUAGAAAAGCUUCUAGGAGAAAUUAUUGCUUGUCUGCACUUCAGCUACACUGGAACUUAUGACAGUGAACUUCUGGAACACAUCUCUCCGUUAUUAUGCAUAGCAUUUUUGCACAAGAAUAAACAGAUUCGAAAACAGAGUGCUCAGUUCUGGAAUGCCACAUUUGCUAAAGUGACGAUGUUGAUUUAUCCUGAAGAGUUAAAACCAGUACUAAGACAAGCCAAACAGAAAUUUCUGCUUCUAUUGCCUGGUCUGGAAAAUGUUGGAAUUAUGGAGGAAUCCAGUGGACCAUAUUCAGAGGGAACAGAAAAUUCACAGUUAAAUAUGAAGAUAAGUGGCAUGGAAAGAAAAUCAAGCGGAAAAAGAGAUUCUUUUUUGACACAAACCAAGGAUACAAAAGGAAAUAUGAAACCACCAGCCAAAUUCAAACCAGAAUCAACUCCAAAAACGAAGAGUGAAAUGCCUUUAGAAGAAGAAAAGUCUGUUGACUUUGUGUUUAUACCUCCAGAAGGAAAAGAAGCCAAGGAAAGAAUACUGACUGAACAUCAGAAAGAAGUACUCAAAACAAAGAGGUGUGAUAUACCUGCCAUGUAUAAUAAUCUGGAUGUUUCACAAGAUGCUUUAUAUUCUCAGUAUGGUCAGGAAGAAUCUAUGGAAAUUCCUACCUUAAUUGAAAAAUCAAAGGAAGAUUCAAAGGAGGAACAAAUGGAGAGUGACAUUGUCAUUCCUCAAGAUGUCACAGAAAACUGUGGUAUGGAUGAACGUCUUGAAAAAGCUUCCCUUUCAAAUAAUGGGUGUGGUUCCAUUGAGGAAACUAGUCCAGAAGUACUGAACAGUAAUGAUGCUGGAAAGAAGGCUUUAAUUUCAUCAAAGGAAACAUCAUCUGAAUGUGCAGCUAGUGCAGAAAACACUUUUGGUGUCAGCAGUAGCUCAGUUUCUAAUGCCACCAUUUCUGGAACUCCCCUACAGCCUACAAGUCGAAGGCAAUCCUUUAUUACUUUGGAGAAGUUUGAUGGUUCAGAAAAUAGACCUUUUAGUCUGUCCCCCUUGAAUAAUAUGUCUUCAACUGUUACAGUGAAAAAUAACCAAGAAGACACUACUAAAGCAGAUACUCCACUAAAAGCGAAGGGAAGAGAAGUGGCUCUUUCAAAAUCUGACUCUGAAAAAAUAGUGCAUGGAAUUAAGAGAUCAAGCCGGAGGUCGAAUAAAGCUGAACAAACAGGGAAUAAAAGAUCUAAGGCCUUAAUGAGAAGUGAUCAGGAAAAAAAUACGCAGGAAUUCAUUGAUGGCAUGGCAGCCUUAGAAAAUAACCCACCUGGUUUGCUUAAUCAAACAGAGUGUAUUUUAGAUAAUCAAGUUCAUCUCUCUGAAUCUGCAGUGGAGUGUGGAGAUACAAUGCUUAAACCAACGAUGGAAAAUGCUAUAUUAUUAGAAAAUACUGUAGAAGAGAAAACCUUAGGAGCUAAUUUGGAAUCUAAAGAAAAUACACCCCCAGCUGCGAUACCAGCGGAUCAAAUGAUAAAUGAGGAUAGUCAUGUUCAGAUAACUCCAAAUCAAAAAACCCUCAGACGCUCCUUAAGGCGACGUUCCGAAACAGCAGAGCCUACCACUGAGAGCCAAGAUAAAGAAAAUAAUCAUCAAAAAAAGGAAAGACGUAAGGAAGACGAAAAGGCUCUUCAGAAGAGUCCAUCACAUGUAAAAGAUGAUGUGUUACCUAAGCAAAAACUGAUUUCUGAACAAACCAUACAGGAAAACUUAGUUGAGAAAGGAAAUAAUUUACAUGAGAAGACUUUUGGGGAAACCAGCACAAAUGCUGAAAUUGAUGAAAAUAGAAGAAAGGCAGACCUUGAGAAUACUAAAUCUGAGGGAGAUGGUGCCCAGGACGUUGCAGAUAAGUCCUCUGAGAAACCAGUAAUGGGACGAACACGGUAUCAAACAAGAAGAGCAUCCCAGGGUUUACUUUCCAGCAUUGAAAACUCAGAAUCUGAUAGUUCUGAGGCGAAAGAAGAAGGUUCCAGAAAGAAGAGAUCUGCGAAAUGGAAAAACAAAAGCAGUGACAGUGUUGACAUUGAAGAUCAGGAAGAGAAAAUGGUGAAACAAGAAUGUAUAAAAGUUGAAAAGCAGACAGAUGAUUAUAAAGGAAAUUCUGAAGUAGACAUAGAUAUAAAAUCUCAAAUUUGUGAGGAAAAAGACAAAAGUAGUACUAUAACUCUUCAAGAUUCUACAAUAUCUUCAGAUGUAUCUCAAGUUUCUGAUGAUGUGUCAAAUACUUAUGAGGGAAAAAGCGAAGCCAACAAAUGUUCAGAAUAUUCCUUUUCAAAUCUUCCUGUACCAGAAUCAAAUCUAAGGACUAGAAAUGCCAAUAAGAGAUUACAUAAGCGAGAUUCUAUAGAAAAUAACAGUGUGGGAGAAUCCACAAGUGCAGUGACUCCAGAUGUUAUUUUGCUUUCUGAAAAAACUCUCCAAACACCUGAAUGCCAACACAAGAGAAGUAGGAGGGUGAGGAGAUCUAAAGGUUGUGAUUGCUGUGGAGAAAAAUCACAGCCUCAGGAAAAGUCAUUCACUGGGUUAAAGAAUACAGAAAAUUAUGAUAUAAAGGUCAGUGAAACAAAAAAACCAGAUGUGCAAACACCUGAAGCUAUAUCAGAAACUUCUAAAGCUAAUCUGUACUGUGGGGUAAAGCUUUUAGAUGAGCAUCAUAGUGUGAAUUUUAAUUUGGGUCUCAAGGAGGAGAAUGAUACUACUAAUAAUUCAUUAAUUGUAUCUGAAACUGAGUUGAAAGAAAAUACUAUUCAAGACUCGCUUCCUUCUGAAAUAGUAAAUUUUACAGAAGAAAUUUAUGAUACAGAUUCUGAGGAAGCAGUAUCUGUCGAAAGCCAAGAGCUAUCCGAUAAAAAAUGUAAAACUGUUGGCCCAUGUUUAAGUGAUUCCAAAAAUAUUUCGCUGGAAUGUUCUACUUUCGAGACCAAAGAAGAAAUAUCAGAGGCUAUCCUGAAAAAAGAACCAAGUAUAGAGGACAGUGUUAAUAUUGAGGCAAAUGCUUGUAAAUUAAAAGCAGAAUCCAAUCCAGAAGGAGUAGAAGGUAUGGAAUUGGAUGUAGAAACUGAUAAAUCUGAAGUUAGCUUUUCUGAACAAAAGAGUGCCGGAGGUGGUGUUUCUGAGGAAAGGAUAACAGAGGAAAACUGUGAAAGAAGUGAUGAAUCUGAAGCAGUUGCAGGUGAAAAAUUGAAAGCUGAAGAAGCAGUAAUUGAGGAAUUUAAUUCAGUUAUUGGUCAUUCUGAUAACACACCUGUAAAAGUGAGUGCUCAGAUAGAGAUUUCUGAACAAACAGCAGUUGGGGAACAAACGGCAGUUGGGGAACUAAGUGGAGGAAGUGAUGAAUCUGAUCUAGGCUCAUCUGAAGAAAGGGAUGCUGAAAUGGAAAAUUGUGAAGAAACAGUGAUCAGUGAGGUGAAUGCUGAAACUGACCAUGUUAAUGAAACAGAAGAUGGAGACCUGACUAGCAAAGCCUCUAAGCCUGUAGAAUCCGAAACAGAGAGAUUGAAUGUAGAAGUUGACAGGGCUGUUCCCAACACACUUGAGGUGAGCACUGAAGAAGGAAAAGUUGAUUGUAAUAAACCUGAAACAAAUAUGAAACUUAAUAGAUCUGAAGUAACAAAAUUAGGUGACAGUCAAAUGGUAGUGCGAAAUGAUGAAAUUUUACAGGAAAUUCCUACUUUAGAGAAGAUGGAGGAAACAGCACAGUCUCUGAAAUCUAAAACAACUAUCUCUGAGCUGGUAACAGAAGACAAUGAUACAUCUCCUCAAAAAUUAAGGGAACUUGAUCCUUUACUGAUGUCAGGAAAUGACAGUCCUAGGGGCACGCAGACACGCUGUGUCUGGUCUCCUUUGGCUUCUCCUUCCACCAGCAUUUUAAAGAGAGGACUAAAAAGGCCCCUUCAAGAAGAUGAGAUCUCUUCACCUGUUCACAAGGUUCGCCGUGUCUCCUUUGCAGAUCCAAUAUACCAAGCAGGAUUGGCAGAUGACAUUGAUAGACGGUGCUCUGUUAGGUCCCAUUCUUCAAAUACUUGUCUCAUAGGAAAAAUUGUUAAAACUUCACCUACUGCACAGUUUAAGCAUAUUACCACUUCAACCAAAGGAUUUCUGUCCCCAGGAUCACGUAGCCCUAAAUAUAAGAGCUCAAAGAAGUGUUUAAUUGCAGAAAUGGCUAAAGAAUCCAUGCCAUGCCCAACAGAAAGUGUUUACCCAGCUUUGGUGAACUGUUUGGCACCAGUUGACAUCAUUUUACCUCAGAUUACAUCAAACAUGUGGGCAAGAGGACUGGGACAACUUAUUAGAGCCAAGAAUAUAAAAACAAUUGGUGAUUUGAGUACUCUUACAGCAUCUGAAAUAAAAACUCUUCCUAUCCGUUCUCCGAAAGUGUCCAAUGUAAAAAAGGCUCUCAGAGUCUAUCAUGAGCAGCAGGUGAAGUCUCGUGGACUAGAAGAGAUUCCAGUUUUUGAUAUUUCUGAGAAAACAGUAAAUGGAAUAGAAAAUAAAUCUCUCUCUUCUGAUGAAGACAGACUUGCCUCAGAUUUAAUUAAUCCUGUUGCUUUAGAAACUCCGCUAUCUAAAAAUCUCGUGGCACAGAUUAGUGCACUUGCUCUUCAACUGAAUUCAGAAGAUCUCCAUAAUUAUUCAGGAAGUCAGCUAUUUGAAAUGCAUGAGAAACUUGGUAGCAUGGCAAACUCUAUAAUAAAAAAUCUGCAGUCACGUUGGAGGUCGCCAGCCCAGGAAAAUUCUGUCUAGUAUUUUAAGAGGAAAUUGAAGUGUUUUUAACAUCACUGAAUUUGUUGAUUCAUCAAAUAAGUCCUGAAAUAUAGCACAAUUUCAGAGUGAAUGUUUGCAAAGUUGAUAACAUUUCAAAUCUUGAAGGGCAAUGACUUAGUAUGUAAGUUCAGUUUUGUAAGUUUAUUAUGUGAGAUCAUUUCUUUCCACAUAAUGUAUUUUCUUGGCUGCUAUGUGUGCUUUCCCUCCAAAUUUAAAUAUCUUACUAAAAUGUAAAAGCAGAAAAUAGAAACAAAAGCAUACUUUUUAUUUUACACUUAAACUCAUGCAUAUUCUAAUGAAACAUUUUAUGUAAAAUAUAUCUUAUUUUUAAAUAAGUAAAAUUGAAAAUUUUUAUUUGAACUUUUUGCUGAACUGAUACAGGUGUUUAUACUUGAUUUUUUUUUUUUAAUCUAUUUUUGUUUUGCCCAAGGUUUAAGAAACUUGUUCUCAGUAAGACACCUCAAAUGAGAUGCAAAAGAGUUGUAACAUUUUUCACAGAUGUCAGCUUUGUUUGGACAACUUUCAAGAAAAGUACCAAAAGUUUCAACUUUUGAGGUUAAAAUAUUAAAGCAGAAUUUACUAAGAUUCCAUUCAUUUAUUUGCAUUAGCAAAUAUUUGUGCAGCAGCAUUUGCCUGUGAAAAUUAACUCUUAUGAGACAUAUAGUAUUCAUUUUGAAAUGCACGACUAUUUGUACAUUAUGUAUAGAUUACAGUGGUUUUAAUUUAUAAAUUUCAGCCUUCAUUAAUUGCAUGAAUUUUUCUGCAGCUUCUUGUGAAUACAUUUGUUUUGUUUAUAGAAGCAUAUUUUGUAUAUAUUAAGUACUGAAUAUCAGUAUGGACAGUACAAGUGCUUUGUGGGCUUGCUGCAGGUGUUUGUAGGGUUCUGUAUCUACAGAUAAAACAACAAAUAGUUUUGUACUUAGUUAAUAGUCUUAGUUAAAUCACAACUUUAUUUUCUAAAGUAACCAAAUUGAGUAAAGUUAUAGAAAUGAGAAAGUGUUAAAACUUUGCUACUCAUACCCACAUCUUUUUUUCCCGCUUUUGGUUUGGAAGAGGGUAUCAGCCACUAGACAGUGUGCCUCAUGACAUUCUUUUCAAUGGAGCGUUAGAGUAUUUUAAUUACCACUUGGACUAUAAGAAACAUAGAGUUUAUCUGUUCUUUCACCUACGCCUAAAGCAAACUUGGAAGAAAUUUGAAACUGUUCUUUUGGAAUAUGUUUGUUUUGCCUAGUUUUAAAAAACAGAGUGUAUAUAAUUAAAAUAUUUGUAAAUUUUACCAACUA